AUGAGCGAUGCCAAUGCUCUCACCGGCAUGGCUCAAGGGCGCUCGAUAACAGCAGCUCUCACACUGCUUGCUGUCGCCAGUAUCGGCCUGGUCUUCGCUUACACCAUCGCACUAUGGACAUACAACCUCUUCUUUCAUCCCCUUGCGAAGUUCCCGGGACCACGGCUGAAUGCCAUGAGCCCGAUUCCGGGCAUAUACUCACUGCUCAGAGGACGUCUUCCACUGGAGAACAAGCAAUUGCACGAUAAGUAUGGGCCUGUCGUAAGGGUUUCGCCGAAUGAGCUUGCAUUCAACUCUGCUCAAGCAUGGGAGGAUAUCUAUGGCCAUCGGCAGGGACGUCCAAAUAUGCACAAAGACCCAAUCCACGUCGGCUCCGUCGACCCUUUGCCCGGAGCCACAACUCUCACCAUGGCUGAUGAUGACAAUCACGCUCGCCAGAGGCGGGCAUUGGCUCACUCGUUCAGCACAAAGGCUCUAAUGGAACAGGAGGAUAUCAUUCAAGGUUAUGUGAGCUCUCUGAUCAAGAACCUGGGCAAGAUGGCGGAUAGAUCAGAGGAAUUCAACAUGGUCAAUUGGCUCAACUUCACGACGUUUGAUAUCAUUGGCGAUUUGGCCUUCGGAGACCCAUUCGGAUGUCUUGAAUUAGGCGCUUUUCACUCCUGGGUUGCUCUGAUCUACGAGACUGUCAAGGUCGGCGCUCUCGAGCAGGCAACUCGCCGUUUCUCGCCAGCUGGGACAUGGCUCCAAUCACAACUUCUGAAUAUGAUCCCACAAAAGGUCCGUCAGCGGCGCCGGGACCAUCUCACCUUUUCCAGAGAGAAGGUCCUUCGAAGACUCGCGGACGACACAACGCAACACAAGGAUUUCAUUCAUUACAUUGUCAAGCAGCGUGAGAAGCACGACCUACAAGACAACGAGAUCGUCUUGAAUGGUGCGCUCUUCAUCGUAGCAGGAUCCGAGACCACAGCCAACCUUUUGUCCGGCCUCAUUGCCCGGCUACUCUGGAACCCGGACAAGUACGAAAAGCUUGUAGCCGAGAUCCGAUCCUCGUUUGGUAGGGAGCAAGAUAUCACCUAUGACGCGACUUCAAACCUCGUCUACCUAAAUGCUUGCCUCGAGGAAGGCCUUCGCAUUCAUCCUCCAGUCCCAACGGGGCUACUACGGACGGUUCCUAAGGGAGGAGACUAUAUCGACGGCAAUUGGGUUCCAAGCGGUACAUCUGUUGCUGUCAGCAGCUGGGCGGCAGCACACAAUCCGGUGAACUUCAAAGAUUGUGAUAGCUUCAUCCCCGAGCGGUUCAUCGACCCUGAAUGGGCUACGACGGACAACAAGAAGGCCUAUCAGCCAUUCAGUCUUGGACCAAGAGGGUGUAUCGGCAAGAACCUCAGCUAUAUGGAGAUGCGGCUAAUUUUGACGAGGGUGCUGUGGAACUUUGACAUCAAGAGCGUGGAUGGUGCAUGGCAGUGGGAUCCUAAAGGCGAAAUGGGAAAUAUGCGGGCUUUCAUGACUUGGGAGAAGCCGGAUUUGAAUUGCACUGCUGUGCGGGUCAAGCGAUAG